CGAAACUCGUGUUGUUGUUUUGAUUUUUUGGUUACAUAUUAUUAGAUUUAAUAGGAUUUAUUAUGCAGUUUUCUUUGAAUUUCACAAGGAGCAGCAUAGUUCCUCGACUGCACCGUUUUACAUGCAAGAUUGCCGUGGACGUGGAUCCAGCCGUGGUCUCGGCAUUGGAACAGGCCACCCUGAAACCCAGGAAACAUCCCGGCGUGGUGAGACCCAAUCAUGUGGAGCUCCCUAAACAAUUGAGUGAUACUCUAAAGCGAAUCGUGGGCGACCAUCCUGUCAAGAAACUAAUACAUGACGGCCAACAGCUCAACGCCUACAUCAAAUCUCGCCAUCCGCCUCCUACACAGGAUGAGAUUGAGAACAAGAAACGACUCAUCAUUGAGGAGAUAAACUCAAAGAUGCCUCUUGAUCGCCUAGCGACACUGGGCGAGGAGGAGGUGGAACGAUGGAAGCGAAAGCGGGAACAAGAGAUUAACAAAAGACUGAGUCAGCGAAUAUACGCCUGGAAACGGAUCGAAUACGGUCCAUACGAGUCCCUUGUCUAUGCCAUAGCUCGUGGUGCUCAGGAGUACGCCGUGAUGAAGCGCGUUCUUACAGAGCUUGCACUGCGGGAUGAGCAGUUCCGGCCACGCAGCUUCUUUGAUUUUGGAUCCGGCAUCGGUACUGGCAUGUGGGUGGCCAGCGAACUGUGGCGCGAUCACAUUUUCGAGUACUACAACGUGGACAGGUCCAAGGAGAUGAACGAGAUCUCUGAGUUAAUUCUUCGGGACGGCCACGAAAACAAGCAGAUAGCCUUGCGCAAUGUUUUUUAUAGACAAUUUCUGCCGGCCAUUGAAACCAAUUACAAUCUGGUCAUUAUUUCUCAUACUCUCUUCGAGUUGGUAGACAAAGAGCAACGGGAGGACGUUCUGCGGAAUCUGUGGCGAAAGUGCGAUGGGUACAUGGUCAUAGUGGAGGAGGGAACCCGACGUGGUAGCGAGCUGGUCAACGAGGCCAGGCAGUUUUUAUUAGACCUGGAUCAGGAGGGACAUACUGUAGCACCCUGUCCGCACGACGUUCUCUGUCCCCGUCUUCGAGAUCUGUCCGAUCGCACGCCCUGCAACUUCCCGAUUUCCUUCGCUCCUUUGCGAUUGGGCAGCGAUUCCUUGGCGGAUCGUCAUACCUCCCUCUAUAGCUAUGCUAUUCUGCGGAAAGGUCCCCAAUCCGAUAGUUCCAGCUCCUGGCCGCGGAUUGUACGACCCACCUUGGUAAGGUCAAAGCAUGCUAUCUGCCGGGUCUGCACGAAUGAAGGCAAUCUCCAAGAGGUCAUUUUCACAAAGUCCAAGCACGGAAAGUCUGCUUAUUCUUGUGCGAAAGUAAGUCGUUGGGGGGAUCGUUUGCCUAUGUCGUUGGGACAACCGCAAGUCAAUCCCAGCUCAACAGAAUCACCCGCCGAAGAAGAAACUGUCUUAGCGUAGUUUAAGCUGUUAAAUCAACAUGUUAGGCAUAAAGUCACGCCCUGAAGCUAAUUGAUACUAAAAACUGGCAACCAAUUAGUCUAUUUAAUUAUGUGCAAACAAAUCGUUUCGGGCGGAGCUGAAAUUAAUUAAAUAGUUGCAUUUAAAUUAACCAUAGAAUCCAAAUGGCAGGGCCGCAUGCUCAUUGAUACUAAAUUUUGUUCAACGGUCAACACACCCUCACCUAGUUUUUAAUGUUUGGCAAGACAAAAGGCGGAUGCGACUGCGGAUGGGUUGGCCCUGCCGUUUUGGAUCAGCUUGUUAUGUAAUGUCACUAGUAUAUAAGAGUCUUUGCUUGGCCAAUGGUCGCCGAUGUCAGCAAUCCCAUUUGUAUCCCAUCCUGUAUUUGUGGAGGGAUAUUUGAGCAGCGUUGGAGGCGCCGUUAUUUCAUCAACAUUUUACUUUCAGAAUGUAAUAUAUUUAAACAUAAUUAACUAGAAUAGUGUUGUUAUAUUUUGGAUAUUAAAAUACCUGCUUAUAAA